GUCUGUAUUUUUUCACCCUUUCCUUUUCUUACCCGGGAGCGCGCGCAUCCAUCCAUCACCCCCUCCUUUUGCUCUACUACAAUUAAGUCUGCAUUCAUACAUACACACACACACACACACACACACACACACACGCGUGCGCGCACUGAGCCUGCAUACUGGAGUGUUCCGGGAGCGGCGCGUCGCCGUUGCGUCUCCUCGCAUCAUCUCCGCCAUUUUCGGUGUCGGAUCACGGUGAUGUUUCAGGCAGAAGAUCGGCAGUGAGGAGAACACGGACUGAGCGAGGAAGAGGAGGAAGAGGAAGAGCUGGAAACGCGUCCGUGUGUGUGUGUGUCCAGUGCGUGCGGAUGGUCAUGGUCAGGGUGAUGUGGUGAUGAAGAAGAUGGUGACGAAGAGGAUGAGGAUGAAGAUGAUAAUGAUGGUUUCUCCGCGCCUGCCUGUCAUGGCUCUCCCUGAGCUCCUCCUCAGGCUCUUCCUCUGCGCCCAGCUCAUCUCCAGUUCCCUCCAAACAGAAAACGAUGAUGAUGAAGUGACAAACAAAACCUGGGUGUUGACCCCGAAGGUGUACGAGAGCGACGUCACACACAUCCUCAACAGUUUACUAGACGGAUACGACAACAAGCUGAGGCCGGAUAUAGGAGUGAAACCCACUGUGAUCCAAACGGACAUGUUUGUGAACAGUAUCGGGCCUGUAAACGCAAUCAACAUGGAAUACACCAUCGACAUCUUCUUUGCUCAGACCUGGUACGACAGACGCCUGAAGUUUAACAGCACCAUGAAGGUCCUGCGUCUCAACAGCAAUAUGGUGGGAAAGAUCUGGAUCCCCGACACCUUCUUCCGGAACUCUAAAAAGGCCGACGCCCACUGGAUCACGACACCCAAUCGCAUGCUCCGGAUCUGGAACGAUGGGCGAAUCCUGUACACUCUGAGGUUGACCAUCGAUGCCGAGUGCCAGCUUAAACUGAAUAACUUUCCCAUGGAUGAACAUUCCUGUCCCCUGGAGUUCUCGAGCUACGGCUACCAGGAGGAGAUCAUUUAUAAGUGGAAGCGGAGUUCCGUCGAGGUCGGAGAUAUACGCUCCUGGAGGCUGUAUCAGUUCUCCUUCGUGGGUCUGAGGAACAUCUCAGAUAUUGUCAGCACCUUCUCAGGUGACUACGUGGUGCUGACCGUCUUCUUUGACCUGAGCAGGAGAAUGGGCUACUUUACCAUCCAGACCUACAUCCCCUGUACCCUGAUCGUCGUCCUCUCCUGGGUCUCCUUCUGGAUUAACAAGGAUGCCGUCCCUGCACGCACAUCUUUAGGAAUCACCACGGUGCUCACCAUGACAACGCUCAGCACCAUCGCCAGGAAGUCACUGCCCAAAGUGUCGUACGUGACGGCUAUGGACCUCUUCGUGUCCGUGUGCUUCAUCUUCGUGUUCGCGGCGCUGAUCGAGUACGGGACGCUGCACUACUUCGUGAGCAACCGCAAACCGAGCAAGAACAAAGACAAGAAGAAGAAAAACCCGCAGAACCCGACGGUGGAUAUCCGUCCCCGCUCGGCUACGGCCAUCCAGAUGAACAACGCCACGCACAUGCAGGAGCGUGACGAGGAGUUCGGCUAUGAGUGUCUGGACGGGAAAGACUGCACAAGCUUCUUCUGCUGCUUUGAGGAUUGUCGCUCGGGGGCGUGGCGUCAUGGCCGCCUGCACAUCCGCAUCGCCAAGAUCGACUCGUAUGCUCGCAUCUUCUUCCCCACUGCCUUUGGCCUCUUCAACCUCGUCUACUGGGUGUCGUACCUGUACCUGUGAGCGCCGUAAAUACACCUGCAGCGCAAUGCUAACCGUACAACAAUAAUCGCACAAAAUACUGCUAAUCCUACAGUGUAACGCUCUUCAUACAACAUAAUGCUAGUCAUGUAGUUAAAGGCUAAUCUCUGCUUCUUUGAUACAAUCUUUAUUGCUAACAUUUUCUUCUCACCUGCGUCCUGUUUCAGUGUAUCCUUGUCGACUUCCCCUUACCUGAAUUACUCUGGUGUGCACUUCUUCUACAGGACUACAAACACUGCAUAGUGAAAGAGAGACCAGAUAGUGGGAUGUGAAGUCCACUAGCUUGUUGAUCUUUAGCCAUUAUGUCUUCUGUUUGGCAACAUAGCCAUCCUUGGAGAUGUAGUUCACUCGACUGAUGAAAAUUUAGAUCAUGGGAGUUUUGUUCCACUAGAUUAAAAUAGUCAUGUAGUCCAUUAGAUGGUGGAAGAUUAUAGAUUAAGUCCACUAGGUAUUGGGAUGUGUAAUCAUCUGUAUUGUGAGCAGUUAAGUCCCCUAGAUAGUGAAAGAUAUGAAUGACGGUGAUGGAGAAGAAACAGUGGAGAUGCAGGGAGGCGUAGUCCACUAGAAAAUAGUGUCUUCUUCUUCUUCUUUUUCUUCUUCUUCUUCUUUCGGCUUCUCCCAUUAGGGGUCGCCACAGUGGAUCAUCCGUCUCCAUACCCCCCCUGUCCUCUACAUCUGCCUCUCUCCACUAGAAAAUAGUGUGCACUAGAAAAAAGACUAGACUGAGAAAGCUAAAGUCUAGACUGUUUGUGAUCUGGUCCCCUAGGAAGUGGGAGAUUUCAGUGAUGGUUAUAAAGUUGAUUUGGGAAAGGUAUAAUAAUUAUAAUAUAAUUAUUAUAAAAAAGAAAUAAUGCACUAGAUAUUGAGACUGUGGGAGUUGUAUUAGUUGUAGUCCACUUGAUAAAAGAAGAUCUAAUCAGGUAAAGCCACUAGAUUGUAGUUAUUAAACAAUCUAGUCCACUACAUAAGAGGAUGGAUAAGGAUCGAUUUAGUGCGAGGGGGAAGUUGGCGAGGGGGAAGUCGGAGAGGGAAGUCGGCG